AUGGACAAGAACAAGAAACCGGGAAUGACAAUCAUACACCACUGCUGUAACAGUUCUUCAGCAGGAAUCGCACAGCGCCAACUUUUAAGCCAAUUGCAUCCAAGGGAAAAGUUCACAACGAAAUGCAAGAAGGUUAGGGAGAAAAAGAAAGUCGGUGCUCAGUGGAUCCCCAAACUUCAGUCCAGUCAAAUCUCGCAAAUCAAGUCUUACAUCAGCACGGCCCGCACGCAGCCCGUUGCCUCCUCUUUGGAUGGUUUGGACUUUGACGCUCGGGAAGAGGAAUCAACACAUCCCAGCUUUCAAGGUUCGCAAGCUUGCUGA